GUGAUAUGCCGUAGAAGUUGUAGGCUAGGAUCUGGGAACGAAUUCGAUUUUUUGUUGAAAUUAGUUCGGUCUUUAUGCAGCGCGUGUAGAUGGAGUGAUGGACGUAGAGCCGGAAUAGUGCGACUGAGCAUAAUAACGGGGCGCCGGAAGUAGGAGGAGCCGCGAUGACGUAUGCAGUACUAUGCACCGAGCAUUCGGUUUGCUAUCGCAGAAAAUAAGGUGCAAAUUAAGGGGACCGAGUGGCUACAAACCGCUUAACCAGGCCACAGUUGCAAGUUUGACAUCCGUCAUCAGUGCAUGCUUUCGCGUUUCCAGCUGAUCUUUAAUGAAUCAGGCAUCAUCUUCCAGCGCGACGGACAAUGGGAUACAAGCGAGCUGGUAUCUGCUCGUGCACCAUUGUACUGAUUCUGAUUGUGCUGCCAGCCGUGACGAUCAUCGGUGAUGUGAUCCUGCGCUGGUUAUCUGGGGAUGAUUUUCCCUUGAUCUUCCGGGCCUGCUUUGAUUCUUCGGUGCACAUCUGUCUGGGAUGUCUGGCAUGGAGUGUCACAUUAGUGCAGCGCACCCAUGCGGUGCAUGUACGCAGAGAGAUUCUCUACGCCGGAAUCAUGUCUGCGCUGAUUGAUGUUGAUCAUUUCAUCAAAGCUCGAUCUCUACAUCUGCAGGACGCUCUGCAUAUGGAAUCUCCACCGCCUAUGCACGACAUUGUCAUACCAUUGGUGCUGUUCAUCAUAUCCAUGAUAUUGUACUGCGUCAACUGGUACAGAAACUUCCGAUAUCGCCUUCUACAAUUCUCCGUCCUACAUGCUGUUCAUCUCUUCCGCGAUGCUGCACGGCGCGGACUGAAUGGGGGAUUUGUGCCGUCCGUGUUCCCUCCACAUAGUCCAUUCGGGAUGUUCCCGUUUUUCAUUCCGUUGUUUCCUCUGUUAGCACGAUACAUCGUGCUGCUGAACGAAGUUCCCAUUGAGGAACGCGAACGUGAUCCGCCGACACUAGUCAUUACACAUCCUUCGGAAUCUGAUGAAGAGGACGAAUACGAGCGCACUUUAUUUUACUAAAGCCACUGUUUAUACGUUUACAGCAGCCUGGUAUUUUAAUUUUUAGCUUUUUUUAAUUUUAAUUAGAAAAUUACGUCAGUAUUACUGUUUUGCGAGAUUGUGUAUGUGGAUAUUAAAUGUUUUUGGGUUUUCUAACCCUAAAAGAAUUGUUUACGCUAGAUUUCUAGUGUAUUUUAAUACGCUUUUGUGAAUUUGCGUAGUGUUAGUUCUGAACAGUGAGUGCCAACUGUAAAGAUAUGUUCCGGUGCUCUGUUGCUAAAACGAUUCCGGUCCGGUGUUCGC